CGUGGAGGUCGUAUCGUAGCCUGUCGUUUUUGCAGCCGCGCUUUGCUUUCUCGCCACGUGCACUCUUUCGGUUCGUCUUGAGUCGGGCAACCGCCUGGAACCACAACCAUUCAUCUACGACAGAACGUUCGUCGCGUACCACGUCGCUCUGCGGAUCUCUCUUCUCGCGGAGAGGACGGAAAGGACGUUCUCCUGAAAGAAGCAACACGGAGAUUCAACAUCGUCGAAACGCGAAAUAGCAGCCAUGAUAUGACAUCCGAUUGAGAGGAAGAGCCUGCAACCGACGACCAGCCACCAUGAGAAAGUUACUACAGUUUUUAGCCGUACUAUUGUUGGGUGUCAAUGCCAGACGAACGGACGCGGACGCCCCUGCGGACGACGUUUACGGUGGUCAGCGUCGCGGUUCCCUUCACAAGUCUAAUUACAAUGGCAACAACAAUUACAACUCACAGUCGAACUCACCCUAUCUGCCGUAUCAGCAGCCUAGAGAAAGAAAACCAAACAUAGUCCUGAUUUUGACAGACGAUCAGGACGUCGAACUGGGUUCGCUGAACUUCAUGCCACGGACCCUGAGGCGAAUAAGGGACGAGGGAGCUGAGCUGAGACACGCAUACGUGACCACUCCUAUGUGUUGUCCAAGCAGGAGCUCGUUGCUGACUGGCCGUUACGUUCACAAUCACGAGGUCUUCACGAACAACGACAACUGCAGCAGCCCCCAAUGGCAACGGGAUCACGAGCCGCACUCGUUCGCCGCUUACCUGAGCAACGCAGGAUACCGUACCGGGUACUUCGGCAAGUAUCUGAACAAGUACAACGGCUCAUACAUACCGCCGGGAUGGCGGGAGUGGGGCGGCCUCAUAAUGAAUUCACGGUACUACAACUACAGCGUCAACAUGAACGGCAAGAAGAUAAAGCACGGCUUCGAGUACAGCAAGGACUAUUAUCCGGACCUGAUAGCGAACGACAGCGUGGCUUUUCUCCGACAGAGCAAACACAAUUUCGCCCGGAAGCCGGUGAUGCUCGUCGCGAGUUUCCCGGCGCCGCACGGACCAGAGGACUCUGCACCCCAGUUCUCGCAUCUCUUCUUCAACGUCACCACUCACCACACUCCGGCCUACGACUAUGCACCGAACCCCGAUAAACAAUGGAUCUUGCAAGUCACGCAGAAGAUGCAGCCGAUCCAUAAGCAAUUCACGGAUCUCCUGAUGACCAAGAGACUGCAGACGCUGCAAAGCGUCGACGAUGCGGUAAACAGGAUCUACCAAGAACUGAAAGACCUGGGGGAACUGGACAAUACGUACAUAAUAUACACAUCCGACCAUGGCUACCAUUUGGGUCAAUUCGGGCUGAUCAAAGGGAAGAGCUUCCCAUUCGAAUUCGACGUUAGAGUACCGUUCCUCAUCAGAGGACCUGGAAUCGAGCCCGGCACCAUAGUAGACGACAUAGUUUUGAACAUCGACUUGGCGCCGACGUUCCUGGAUAUGGCCGGCGUAGAGACGCCACCGCAGAUGGACGGUCGUUCUUUCAAGAAACUUUUUCAGAAUAGACACGGAAGGAGGUCCAAGUUCAAGUGGCCAGACACUUUCCUGAUAGAAUCCUCGGGUCGCCGCGAGACUCCGGAAUCGAUUGCGGAAUCGAAGGCGCGGGAAGCCAGGAGGCAAAACGCCACGCUCGCGAAACAACAUGCGAACGCGACACCGGAAGAGGAAGACGAAGACGUCACCGAUUCGGACAUCGACCACGACGCGGAACAUCGAUUUUUAGAGAACGACACGGGCAGCGACCAGGACAUUUCCGAAGACGAAGACUUCGAGGACUCGAUCAUCGACGACUCGAACUCGGAGCUGCAUCUGGAUAACAGAGUCCAUCCGGUGCACUCGACCUUCACUACGAAGCACGAGCGACUCGCGGUUGAGUGCUCGCGACCGGAAGCUCAGGCGAACUGCGUCCCGGGUCAAAAAUGGCGUUGUGAAAGGGAUGGUCACCGAUGGAGGAAGUACAAGUGCAAAUACGCUGCGCCUCCGCCGCGGAUGUCGAAGAAAUGUGCCUGCUUCACGCCAAACGGAGUGGUCUACACGAGAUUGGAGUCGAACGAUUACGAGGGACACCGGUACGGCUUCGGUAGGGACAGACGACCACCGGACAUGUACAGCGACAUGGCCAGAUACUUUGCUAAACGAGGCAAACGAGACACGCCGGACGAAGCUGACCCGAGCGAAGAUAGUUAUCGAGAUACCGACGCGGACGAUGAUAGCUAUAAUAACGGUGGCCGGGACCGGCGCGCGAUCGACCAGGGAUUCUUUCAGGACAUGAACGAACUCGCGGAGAACGUGAGAAGGGAAUCCGCGAGGUUCGUUUCAAGGUUCGGUAAUCGUACAUCGAGCAUUCAUCGGGAAACGCUCGACUUGGACAACUUGGAAGAGUCCGAGUACACGAUGGAGAAUUUUGAUCUUGAUUUGGACAAGAUCGUGAAAGGUCGAUUGAACGUCGAAGACGUGGUCAGGAGGCACAGAAGGGUGCGACGAAGCGCCACGAAGAAAGACACCGUGGAACACGUGACCAAGAUCAUGGAGAGCAUAGAGGAAGAACUCGACGACUUGAAGCAGACGCAAGCUCGCCACUCGGAAACGCGCAAAACGUUGCCAGCCAAGUGUUCGGUCCUCCCGCAGGGUGGAGUGAAUUGUUCGGAAACCGUCUAUCAGGAUCCGAACGAGUGGCGCAUUUCGAGGCGAGAAAUAGAGCAGCAGAUUAAAGAAAUGAGGAUGCAGUUGGAAACGCUCAAAGAAAUACGUCGUCACUUGAUGAUCAAGCGACCUCACUUCAUCCCAGACACGGAAGAAGAUACCGAGGAUGCGAAAGAAUCUCCGAAAUCGCAUCAUCAUUCACCAAGGAAUCACGCGAAUCGUCAUCACAAGAAACACGAUCACGCGAGUACUGCCAAUCAAGCCGUUCCGGCAAUCCGUUCCACUUCGAAAUCGAAUCAAGUCACGGAGGAAGGAAUCACUUCUAUGGAUACUACGGUGAAACCCAGGCCUAAUGUCACCUCUACUGACAGUACUGACAGCGAUACAAUCACCACGACAGAAUUAACUACAACAACCGUGCCUAUGACGACUAAAUUGAAGAAGGUACCGCGUCGUCCGAGGAUUAAAGAAACGUCGAACAACCGAACUGAAGUCGAGGACGAUAAGUCGCAAAAGCGCAAAAAGAUUCAUCAUCGCAGAAACAACACGCUGUUUACGAAUAACGUCCACGAUGAAGUCUCGGCAGUGAACGUCAGUGAAACGGCAGAGACAAUCGCAACCACACAGAGUACAGUGUCCAGUCCGAGGCAUCAGUAUCAUCAGACCAAAUACACGAUUCUUCCUACCACUACGAUGAAAGAGACAACGAUUCAAAAGGAGACGUCUAGCAGUACAGGGACUUGGAGUGACUUUGUCAGAGAAACUACACUAGAUAUGGAUGCGCAAACAGUGCUAUCGACAGGUUCAGAUACUUCAAACGCUGCCGAAUCAACAGCGUCGCAAAGAACGACUCCUGUAUUUGUUAAAACAACGACCAACGAUCGUUCUAGAACUGCAUCGUUACCCAUGACUACGAUCACGACGCCAAUGCCGACACCAGUUACCAUCACUCCAACGAGAAAAUUCCCAAAGAUGCAGAAAAAUAGAACAACGGGAAAUCUUGGACCUUCUAGGAUAGACGUUACCAUUUUAGAAUCUCCUGACAGGAAGAAUCGACAAGAUAUAAUCGAUAUAGCAAGCAAUCGUCGAUUGCCGCCGAUGUUGAACACCCCUCUUGAAGCUCGUCACAAAUGCUAUUGCGAACCUGAUACGUAUACGAAGAAGGACGAGAAAGAAAUCGCUAGGGAAGAGAGGAGAAGACUGAAGGAGGAACGUUUAAAAAAGAAAGAGCGAAAGCUAAGGAAGAAAGCUAAGCUCGAGAAAGAAUGUCUGACGGAGAAAAUGAAUUGUUUCGAGCACGACAACGAUCACUGGCGUACCGCGCCCAUGUGGAGUGCAGGCCCAUUCUGUUUCUGCAUGAAUGCGAACAAUAACACGUACUCGUGCAUCCGUACGAUUAACGCGACUCAUAAUUUUCUUUACUGCGAGUUCACUACCGGUUUGGUCACUUAUUAUAAUCUGAGAAUCGACCCAUUCGAGCAAUGGAACAGAAUUUCCUCGUUAACGCCUAUCGAAAGGUCCUAUCUUCAUAAUCAAUUGGCGCAUUUGAAAGGGUGUAAAGGUACAAGGGAUUGCACUGUUGGAAACGCGAGGGAAGCUUUACCGCAGCCGCAACAACAUCAAAGAUUGAUCUCUAAGAGAAAAUACGUGAACACUUUCGAGGAUAUGUUUGUACCGUCAGCUUUGCAAAUUAUUCGUGAAAGUGAACUUGGUAGUCCACCUAAUAAGAGACGAAAAAAGUUGCAAAAUGUUUGGAACAGACGCAGUAGAAGCUGGCAGAGCAAUUGGAGGCAUCAUCAAGACGCAGUGAACUUCCGACGACACAGACAUCAGUACUGAACGGUUUAUUUGUUUUCUCUUUGGUCGUAUUGUCGAAGGAUGCGUGACGCAUUGCCUUAGAUGUAUAUUAAUUAAUUUUGCAAUGCAUUUAAUAACGUAAUUUAUUUAGUGAUAUUUAAUUAAAAAAAAAAAACGGAAUCGUGAUAUUUAAUUGAUAACGUUUUUAUUCCAUUAGACAGUCACAGUUCGAUGACUACUGUGCAUAUUUUUAAUGCUAUUUUUUAUGGUAAAAUUAUUGCGACUGAUCGAAACGAAUUUCUCGUGUACCAUGUGCGUCUAGUUGGAACACGCAAACAAGAACGAGAAACGAUUUAAACGAUGAUCCUUUUUUUACUUAAUAGCAGAUAUUUUUUAUAAUAAUUUAUUUACUCUCGUCUCUUUAGGUCUUUAUACAAGAAGCAAAUAACUUGUAUCGAUACUUGCCUAAUGAAAUUUAGAGUAAUUUUGAAACUUCAAUUAUCUGAAAUUAAAAAACGAUACUUCUUCGCGAAGUAAAUAACCAAUACCUGUAGCUUUCUAGACAAUAGUUUGUCUAAGGAACAGAAAGAGUUUAAGUAUUCAUCUAUCGCAUUAGGACAGUUCAAAUUUGGAUUUGUGACUAUGGACUGAUACGCACAACAAAAAAAUGGACACAAUAGCAAAAUCAUCCUGCCAAAAACCUUUUGCCUUUUCUUGCAAAAAUUCUCUAUACAAUUAUACCUUCGUAAAACGUCUAUUCCACUAAAACUGCCACUUUAUUGAUUUUCCUAUUGCCUUUAAGCGAUGCAAAAUAAAAAUGCUCUUAUGACGCACUGCUACAAAACGUCUUACAAUCUUUACAAACUAAUUUCGUUAAAAGUAAAAGGCAAAAAGUGAUUCCAGCCAUUAUCUAAAGAUAUGCAUUGCUAAGACUGUUUAUAUUUCACUGAAACUAAAUAAACUUUCAGUGCCAUUUAUUCUGCGCAAUCUUCUGUCUUACUAGGAGUAUGCAAACUUUUGUGAUUGCUACAGCUAACAGUCAUUAUUAUAAAAAAUGAAAUGCUGAUGGAUCUAUAUAUGUAUUACUUUGAAUUGGAUAUAAUUACUUCAAGUAUGACAAAAGAUUUAAAAGAUACUCUGUUAUUCUUGUCACAAACCAUAUACUGUAUAACUUUUAUCAACUAUUUAACUAUUUCCAUUAGCGUUUUAUUUUUUACAAUCGUAUGUCUGUGUUAUA